AUGGCAGAGAUCACGGCCUUCCUGCUUCGCGGCCUCGAGCGCCAGGAGUACCGUGGAUACGACUCGGCCGGCCUGGCCGUGGACCUGCUCCAGGCCGGGUCCCCCGACCAGCGGGCCAUCCACAUCGUCAAGAAGACCGGCAAGGUGUCUAUCCUGUCGGCCGCCGUCAAAGAAGACCCGGCCAUCGACAUGGCCCUCUCGCUGGACCAGCACAUCGGUAUCGCGCACACCCGCUGGGCCACGCACGGCGCGCCGCUGGACGGCAAUGCCCACCCCCACACCUCGGACCCGUCGAACCAGUUUGUUGUGGUGCACAAUGGCGUCCUCAACAAUUACCUGGUGUUGCGCUCGUACCUGGAUGGCGCCUAUGCGCUGCUCUUCAAGAGCUCGCACUUCCCGGAUGAGAUCAUCGCCACCCGGCGGGGCAGCCCCCUGCUCAUUGGGCUGAAGAGCGCCCAGCCCCUGCGCGCCACGCACGUCGGUGUGGACGUCGACGUCGGGGCCCCGCAGCACCCGGCUCUGCACAUGCCGACGGCGCGUGGCCCCGGCGGCCCGGGGCACGCCCUCUCGCCGCUGCGGGAUUCGCUUCCCCUGCUGGCGGCCGACGCGCGGCCGCUGCCGUACUUCAUCGCCAGCGACCCGGCGGCCAUCGUCGAGCACACCCGCAGCGUUUUGUACCUGGAAGAUGGCGACGUGGCGCACAUUCGCAAGGAGGGCAUCAACAUUGUCCGGACCACGCGCUCGACCGAGCUGUCGCCCGUGCGCGCCAUCCAGUCCCUGGAGCUGGAGCUGGCCCAGAUCAUGAAGGGCAGCUUCCCGCACUUCAUGCUGAAGGAGAUCUUCGACCAGCCAUCCUCCUCCUUCAACACCAUGCGCGGGCGCAUCAACUUCGACAGCUACACGGUCACGCUCGGCGGCCUGUCCUCGCAGAUGGACACCAUCCGCCGGAGUCGGCGCAUUGUGCUGAUCGGCUGCGGGACCUCCUUCCAUGCGUGCCUGGCCUCGCGGGCCGUGCUCGAGGAGCUUUCCUCCGUGCCGGUGUACGCGGAGCUGGCGUCGGAUUUUGUCGACCGCCGGCCGGUGAUCUUCCGCGAUGACACGUACAUCUUCGUGUCGCAGUCCGGCGAGACGGCCGACACGCUGCAGGCCCUGCGCUAUGCCAAGUCCCGGGGGGCCCUCUGCCUCGGCACCACCAACACGGUCGGGAGCAGCAUCGCGCGCGAGACCACCUGCGGUGUGCACAUCAAUGCCGGGCCGGAAAUCGGUGUCGCCAGCACCAAGGCCUACACCAGCCAGGUGAUUGUCCUGCUGAUGAUUGCUCUGGUCCUCGGAUCGGACAGCGUGGCCCUGGCGCCGCGCCGGCGGGAGAUCAUCGACGAGCUGCGGGUCUUGCCAGACAAGAUUGCUGAGGUGCUCAAACUCAAUGAGGAGCUCGAGAGCCUGACCGAGCACAAGCUCCUGAAGGCCACCAACCUUGUGCUCAUGGGCCGCGCAUUCCAGCAUGCCACCUGCCUCGAGGGGGCCCUGAAAAUCAAGGAGAUCGCGUACCUUCACAGCGAGGGUGUCCAGUCGGGCGAGCUGAAGCACGGCCCGCUGGCCCUGAUCGACGAGCAUCUGCCCAUUAUCUCCAUCGUCGUGCCGGAUGCCUUCCUCGAGAAAUCGAUGAACGCCCUUUACCAGGUGACGGCGCGUGGUGGCCGGCCGAUCAUCAUCAGCACCACCGAUGUGGAUCUGUCCUCGGUGCUGGCCGCGUCGGAGGCGACCGGCCAGGCGUCGGCCGCCGCGCACUCGGCCUCGACCGAGGCCCUGCCAUCAUCCUCGGGCGUGCUUCGGUCGCCGCGCGUCGGCGGCACUGGCGAUCCCAGCCGAACGGCGCACCCCACCGGCACGGACAUCACGCUGCCGGAUGAGGACCAGCUGCUGGACCAGCAGCCCAUCUCGCACAAGCUCCUGGCGGCCGCCGGCGGCCCGCUGCAGUGCAUUCGGGUCCCGCGCACGGUGGACGUCCUGCAGGGGAUUCUGACAGUCAUCCCCCUGCAGCUGGUGGCCUACCAUCUGGCAGUCAAGCGCGGCUUCAAUGUGGAUUUCCCCCGGAACCUGGCCAAGAGCGUCACCGUGGAGUGA